UCAGCGCUGCACAGAAAUGGGGCUUGUGUUCAGUCCCUUGCUCACCUCGUCCAGUGCCCACUUGGAUCCCAGCAGCAUCCCCCCUGGAUUGCAGCAGACCUCCCCACUUCUUUUCCCACAAAUGCUGCCACGCUGAGUAGAGGUGCUCAGAGCUCCUGCUGGGUGAGAAAAAUGCUUUAAGAAUAUAACAUUUAGAGGCGUUCUCCCAUCUGUGCUCAGCUAAUGUGUGCCUCUCGUGCUAGAUGUGCAGGCCCUGCAGCUCUGCAAAUGAAGCCGCUUGCAGGGGCCUCGCUGGGAGAAGGGCAGGAGGAGACCCAGGGACGCCAGUGGCGGCAGCGACAGAGGACAAGCUGCCAGCCCAGCCCCUUGCCUCGGAGGGAGCAGCAGGUAGAGCUGCCCAGACUCUCCGUGUCUCCAAAUGAAGGGAGGAUGAGCAGUCCCCAUGGGCAGCCAGACAGGGCUCUGGCCAGGAGUGAGCAGAGUGUGGAGUGCAUGGAAGAGGUACCAGGCAUGGACAAGCAGAAGCUGGCUGUACAUACUGGGGACAGUGAUGGGACCGAGGCAGAUGUAGAAACCCUGGAGGAGCCACUGCUGAGUCUUCCCAGUGAGCUGUUGGUGCUGGAGAGAUUAGGCUUGCACAGGGCAGCUUUGACAGAGCAGGAUGUGGAGGCAGCCUUUGCCCACCUUGCUCUGGCUUUUCGCUGUGACAUGUUCACUCUGCAGCAACGAGUGCAGGUGGAGAAACGGGCACGGGAUGCAGCAGAGGAAAAUAUCCAGGAGGAGCUGGGGCAGUGCCAUGGUGCCCUGGAGAAGCUGAGCCCAUUCUGCACCGACAUGGGCUGCAAGGAGACACUGGAGCAGCUACAGUACAGCCUGACUGUGCUGGCAGCUGCUGUUGAGCGGGCAACCAGAGCUGCAGAGAAGUUGGGGGCUGUACAUCAGGAGGCCCGGAUGAGCCGAGCAGCAGAGGUGAUGGUUCAGCACGUGGAGAACCUGAAACGGCACCGCCUGCGUGAGCACACGGAGCUGGAGGAGAUGAAGCGCCUGAUCCAGCAGAACUCCCACAACCGGCAGCUGGCAGAGACCCAGGAUGACAUGGAGCCAUGGCUGAGGCCUCAUCCUCUGAUGCGAACCUUCCAGCAGGGGUCUGCCCGCCGCAGAGUCAGCAUUGCCGUCAUCCCCAAGCAGCUCUUGCCAGGUCCCAGCCAAGCAGCCCCAGCUGGUGAGCUGGAGAGGGCCCAAUGCCAGCACAGCACCCAAAGGAGCAAGCUGGAGCUGCAGGGUCAGAGCAGCACUGUGACUGAGGAGUUGGCAGCAGAGGUGGACAGCAGAGGUUCAAGUGCAGAGGUCACGGAGCCAGAGCAGCUUGGGCAUACGUCCAAGGGGUCUCCAGGAGAGCUCUGGCAGCCGUGGUUGUUCUUCCCGCAGCACUACUGGGUUUUCUUCUGGCUGCUUCUCUUGAGCAUCACUUUCCUCGUCCUCAUUCACAUCCUGGAGCUGCAAUCGCUGCAGCCUGCAGCAUCGCCCAAAGCCUAGCCAGAGCCGGGAGGCAGCUGGGAGGUGUUCCCUCUCCAUCACUGCUCCUGCCUCACACCAUGGAACACCAAAACGCUAGAAUAAUAAAAUUG